AUAUGAUGAUACUAUAUGCGAGUAUAUAUAAAUGUGUACGUGACAAUUACUUUAUGUGAAUGAUAUGGAUUUUACAAUUCAUUGAGAUUUAUCCUAGAUGGUUUCGUUGGGUCCCUUAUCGAUCGGUUAUUUUGGCUUAUUUCGACACGAUCCAGUUCGAGUAUCUGUGCUUCAUUACACAUAACUAUAUAAUUAAACAAUUAAUUAAUAAACUAGCAUAGCAACAAAAACUGAUGGCGUUCAAUCUCCAAUAAGUCUCCGAAAGCAAGUGAAUUGUUUUAAAAGUCGGUUAACGAAAACCAAACAAAUGAAACGAAAACCGAAAGAGAACUAAGAAAUCAAUUUAAGUCAAAUAUACAAAGAUGAGAAAUAAAAACAAUAAAUGAACAAAAUUCGAAUUGUGUUCGAGUUAUCAUCAUCAACAAUAUCAAUAUCCCCCAUCAACUAAUAUAUAUUAUUAUAUCUCCCACAGGGCUUGAACUUUGAACUUGAAAUCGAUGAGAUUUAGCAAAGCUGCGAACAACAAACGGUAUGGGGUAUGGGUACUAUAUAUAGAUGGACUCCUAAUCUAAAUACAAUAGUAAUGCUUGACCAUAAUCUGCCAUCGACUGCGAAAGAAAUGAUAAGCUGGCUAGAUUUCUAAAUUCGUACGCAAUAUUAAUCAGCUUGGACAGUCAUAUAUAAAAUCGUAAAGAGUACUUAGGGACCAAAACCCGAAAAUCACAGUUGCAGCUCACUGGUCCUUGAAAUGAGCUACUCCAUGGUUAUGGAAAGAUGGAUUAGGAUUAGGAUUAGGAUAGGACUAGGAUUAUCUAGGAUCCUAACUACAAAAAUCAUAAUGAUCAAACAUUAUUUUUAAAUAUGAGAAACUUUUGUAACUUAAUAUUCUUACUUACGAACAGAAGUCACUUGCUAUGAAACUAGUUUCUUUAAGGGAUUAGUAUAUUAUAUAUUGCAUAUUCCACUGGCUUCAUCAGACCACCAAUGUAACCCACUGGGUGUAGGGCACCAAGGGGCCUAGGUAGCCAACUUCAAAGAGCGGCUAGCGGGAUCCGCGAGUAGUUUGCGCCCAGACCUCGACCACAAUGGACACCUUGCUGGCUGGUUGGACGCAGUCCGGGGAUUAUCUGCAGAAUAGAUGGACCUUGCUGCUGGACACCGUUGGUGAGGAUUCGUGGCGCCUGUGGGUGGUGGGCAGCACGCUGGUCAUCUUCAUCGUAUACUGGCUCUAUGCGGGCAUCUUCACCCUGAUGGACAUUACGAAUCGUCCACGUUUCCUGCGCAAAUACAAGAUCCAGCCGGGCCAGAAUGAGCCAGUGGAUCUGGCCAAGUUGUGGCAUGCCGUCAAGGUGGUGCUGUUCAAUCUGACGGUGGUUAACUUUCUGGUCAGCUGGGUGGUGUACGAGUUCGUUUACAAAUCGGAGAACAGCCAGGACAUCCGAGUGCUGCCCACAUUCAAGCGAUCCCUGCGCGAUUUGGCCGUGUUUGUGGUGCUGGAGGAGAUCAUGUUCUACUAUGCCCACCGCCUGCUGCAUCACAGAUCGGUGUACAAGUAUGUACACAAGAAGCACCAUGAGUGGACGGCUCCCAUUGCCGCCAUCACGCUGUACGCCCAUCCGGUGGAGCAUGUGUUGGCCAAUCUGUUGCCGGUGGCCACGUCCAUUGCCAUCCUGGGCACCCAUGUCGCCCUGGCCUACGUGAUCUUCGCCCUGGCCAUCAUCAACUCGAUGAGCGAUCACACGGGCUACAGUUUCCCAUGGUCGGCGGGAUCGGUGCGGUUCCACGACUAUCACCAUGCCAAGUUCAACUACAAUUACGGAGUGCUUGGACUUCUGGACAAGCUGCAUGGCACAUAUCGCGCUCCCGCGGAGCAAAAGGCUCACUUGCAGAGGAUUAAGAAGGUCAAGAAGAAGUCCAAGUAGUUCAAAUGAUUCAAAAACUCCUCUUUUUUUUUUGUUAUAUUAGUUUUUUAUUGCUUAAAUAUACCAGAAAAUUAUUAUAUUUUUGGUAUUUAAAAAAAUAAAUGGGAUUUCUUUUUGUGUGUGAAUGCUAACAUAGAAUUUGUAUUAGUUUUAAUUGUUAAUUAAUUUAAAGAUACUUUCAUAAGCAAUAGUGAUUGAGCACAUUUUUUCAAUUGAUUUAUACAUAAUUCUCUUAAAAAAUAAACAGCACAAGCUAAAGUCUUACAAAUAUUACAACAUUUUGAUUUGUUCAAUUAACAAUACAAGCUUUUCAGAACCCAC